AUGGCUCCCACCCGGCCCCAGUCAUGUGCCCAUAAGCGACUUUACACGGGUGUCUCUCCGCAUGCGACUGAAGCUGGUUAUGUUUACCCCAGCAUUGAAGAGCGGCUGAGUGAGGCGAGCCAUUCUAAGCAACCCUCCAACUAUACUGCCCCUGAGGACAUUCCCAGCUCUUUAACGUUCCCCGCGCCGCUUGUGUUGCCAGGAGACGAUAUUGCCGAGGACCCCAAACAAGAUCCAGACGGGCUUCGGUCAUUUGCCCUGCGCAAAGGAAGAAACCGCGUCACAUCCACACGCAGUACAUUGUACGUGAUAGAGGCUCCCACAGUCUCAAAUGAGGUUUCGUUCAUGAAUGCCUGGCUAGAGCCCAAGGUUCCGCCUGAGUAUCCGCCGCCACCCGGGCUUCCGUCAAAUCUCACGCGUCCUGUUGCCUCUGACAUAGCCGCGUACCUCGAGGCUUUUUACCACGGCCUUUCCAUCAAGACCCUCAAGUCGCACUACACCUUUGUCACCUGGCCUACAGCACAGCCUUCGUCCUCGGGCUCAUAUGUAGGCCUUGCCGAUCCAUCAGGUGAUUGCACCCGUAUCCGUCAUCGUCCCUCGCCCGAUGCCGUCUCACACCAGUUGAACCUCGGCGACCUCCUCGACGCCCUUCUCGCGGCGCCCCUGCCAGAAGACGCCUACGCCGUCAUGCUUCUUACCCACCACGACACCUACGAGUCUCCCUCCGAUGACUUCUGCUGCGGCCGUGCCUACGGGGCCUCACGCAUCUGCCUCGUCUCUUCGUUCCGGUACAAUCCGGCCCUCGACGCGCACAACGACGUCGACCGCUCGCACGCCUGGCCCGCCUCGCACUGCGCGUGGUGGAUCGAAGCCGUGUGCGAUCACGAAGGCGAAACGUCCGAAUCGGCAACACCUGCUGAGGGAGGCCUCCGCGCGGCGGUCUUGGCCGCGCGGAGCGGUAUGGUGCCACGGGGCAAGGGCGGUUGGAGUGCAGUCUGGCUUGCGAGUGUCUGUCGGACAGCGAGCCAUGAGCUCGGGCAUUGCCUUGGGUUGGCGCACUGUGCGCUCUAUGCUUGCGUCAUGCAGAGUACGGCUGGGGUUGGCGAGGAUGGCCGGCAGCCGCCGUACCUGUGUCCCGUAUGUCUUGCCAAGACGGCGUAUGCUGUCGUUGGGGAAGCAGUGAAAGGCAGAGGGAAAGAGAAGGUUGUUGAGAUGGAGCGGCGGGAGAAGGUGUGGAUGGUGGAAAGGUAUCGGCGGAUACAGACUUACUCGGCGCAGUGGAAGGGGACGGGAACAGGCAUGUUGAAGGGGUAUGGGGCUUGGGCUGGCCACAGAGUCAAAGAGCUGGCAGAAAGACAGUCGUAG